UAGGAGUCCAGUACUGGCCAGGAUGGCCAAAGAAGGGACAUUGCCAUUGGGCAACACCACUCUGAGGACAGCAGCAGCGCCAGUUCCCAGAGGGGUACAGGAGCAUCUCUGCAGCUUAUUCUGCAACAACAGCAGGCAGAGGCAACAACAGCAGAACACCAAGCAGAGAUGGAGGUACAACAGCUUGUUCUGGACCGUGUGCCCACAACGGUGGAUCAAACAGCGCAGAAUGCAGACACACAUAGUCCUAACAGAUUGCCGUACAGGAAGGGACCUUCUCUACAGGGAUCAGCAAGCAGGAAGGAGCAACACACUAGGGGUACAGCACAGCAUGCCAAGUCCAGUGAAAGUCCUUUGUUUGGGGGAGCUAGUGCCAACAAAGAUCCUGGAGCUUCCUGCAGAUGUUUUCCCUGCACCCAGGUGGGCCAUGUGAGGGUCGCCUGCCCAGAACAGAAGGAGCCAAGCCCACCUGUACAGCCUGUGGUAAUGUUUGUGUCUGUUAAAACAGAAAGUCUAUCUCACCAUAUGCAAUUGGUGAUUGUGGGUGGCAAAGUAACUCGGGAACUAAAGAACUCAGGGGCUUAUUUUUCUCUGGUGCAUCCAGAGAUCAUCAACACUGGGGACAUUAUUCCUGAGAAGACUUUGUCCGUAAAGGGGGUGGGAAGGAACCACCCAAAGAUGCAUGUGACCAAAGGUUACUGGGAUUGGGGUGUGGGGAGAGGUCUAAGGGAAGUGGGAGUGUCCAAUGAGAUUCCUGUCAAUGUGUUGUUGGGGAAUGAUUUGGGUUGCAUGGUAACUACUUUUGUUCCUUAUGACCAGGUCUCACUAGGUCCAGCCGCGCUGGAGUGUGACCACUCACCUCAAUCAGUAACUGCCACCGGUAAGGUACAAAGAGAUAGCUGGGAGGGAGGGCUGGAAGACAGGAGAGAGUGUCCAACAGUGCCUGAACCAGCAGUGUCCCAAAGUGGGGGUAAGGAGGGAGAGGGGGAGGAGAGGUUUCCCCUAGGAGUCCCCCUGGUGCAGAGAGGUAGGUUACCUGCAGUAAGGGAUAAACAACGUGGGAUCCCUGAUCUUGUACCCCAACUGCCUGAGGUCUUGAGUGGGGGUCAGCAGAUAGGCCAAUCUCAGGAGUCAGUGCAGGAGUGUGGGGGACAGGUGGUUAGGACUCAGAGUAGAGUCCCAGUAGGUAGUGCCACUCAGACUGGGGUCAAGGAUGGUAGCUGGGAGCCAGGUAGAGCUCCAGUGCCAGAACCAGUGCUGGGAGAGGGGCUGGUAGUCAGAGUCCAGGAAGGAUUGCUGAUGGUACUGGUUGCCCCUAAGGCAGCUACUAACCAGAGGGUGUGCCCAGAGGUGCAGGGUAUGUGGGUAGAACCCAGUAGUUUAUGUCGGUCUGGGACUGAGCAAGUCAGUACAGACCAAGUAGUGGGCAUAGACUGGGUGGAAGGCUGCCAAACAGUGUCCGAGUUCAGGCCCAGGAAAUGGGGGACUAGGGACCGGUAGGAGGGCCCCACAUGCACUAAGGUAACUACAAGGACAGAAGAGAACCCGUUUGGAGCAAGAGACCAAGUGCCUAUGGUAGGCAGUUACGAUUUGUGGCCUAGUACCCACACUGGCACCCCUUGCCGUGAGGGUAAAAUAAUUGUUACAAAUUGUUCAAUAACGAUAAUUUUUGGUUAUGACCUGAAUCUGUACAAAGGAUUAAUGCGUACUGGUAGUGGCAAGGUUAAAAUCGGCCUGUGGGGCCUUACCAACCUUGCGCACUUUUGAAGGGGGAGGUGUCAUGUUGGAGCAGU